AUGCUCGUCGUAAAAUGCUCAGGCUCGCCACGCGAGAUCGGAAAACAACACGGAGCCUCCGCAGCAGCCCAAAUCGCCCGAUGCAUCGAUUUCUACACGGGAAUGUUCGUAAAGACUAGUUCGCUCGGCUGGAAUGAUGUCCUUGCCCUUGCCGAGAGUUUUUCGGCGCGCAUCAAGGCUGUUUGGCCGGAGUUCUACGAGGAGAUGGAGGGCAUUGCAGAGGGCUCAGGCCGCUCGACGCUCGACAUCGUCGCCCUAAACGUUCGUACGGAGAUCGCAUUCGGCUGCUUUAGUGACGGGUGUACAUCGCUGAGCUGGCAGAGCGACGAGCAUAGCUUUCUCGCGCAGAACUGGGAUUGGCUGCCCGCCCAAAAGCAAAACCUCAUCGUCCUCGAGAUCCACCCCUCUCAAGCCACAGGAGGAAACGAAAAACCCUCUAUAAAAAUGAUAACCGAGGCCGGAAUAAUCGGCAAAAUCGGCUUCAACUCUGCGGGCGUUGGCGUAUGUCUCAACGCGAUUCGGGCACAUGGAAUGGAUCCAUCUCGACUACCUGUCCACCUAGCGCUGCGAAUGGCGCUUGAAUGUACAUCAACGGCUCAGGCUGUUAAUUCGCUGAAGAAAUAUGGUGUCGCGUCGUCAGCGCAUAUCCUCAUCGCGGAUUUGGAGACUUCGGCUGGGUGCGAGGUUACCGCGAAGACUAUCGCUGUUCUGCCCAUGGAUGAGCGAGGUCGAGUUAUCCACUCGAAUCAUUUACUUCUCGAGCACUCCGGAGUGGUAGAUACGGCGUGGCUGAAGGACUCGCCAUUUCGAGUUGAGAGGAUGCUGAAGUUGACUGAUGACCUGGUUGAAAGCGGGGAUGGUACUGGGAAGCCGACGUGGGAUGGGAUAGAGGGUCUAUUUGUAGACCGGGAGAAUGCGCCUGCGGCGAUCUGUCGAUCGGGAGACAUCGAGACGCUGUUUAAUAUCGUUAUGGAUUUGAAGGCGCGGAGGGCCGUUGUUAGGGUUGGGAGGCCGGAUUUGGUCGAGGAGAGACUUGAGUUGGGGCUCUAGGUAUUGUUCGUGGUUUCUAGAAUAAUGAAUAGGAGGAUGGUGAGGAAGUGGACAGUUAAGCUGAUUUUGUGGAAUACCCAACAAAUCAUGGGUGUGGUGAUGCUUGGAUCUCCUGGCUUUCUCACUGCACUUAGGGUUUGUAACCAUACAAGGUAUACAUAGUUCGCAAAUUAUAAGAGACAGAGGAGGCCGAAAAUCUUUGCUAGCCAUUAUACCUGCUUCAAGCUUCGCUCACACUACUAUAAAUAGGCAUCCUUUUAGUAUGCCAUAAAUGUAAGGUCCAGGUUUCUAUGACCACGAGAUAGACAUCCAC